AGUUGAAAACAAGCCCGGGUGGGUUUGUUGACACGAUCAAGCUGCAGUUGAACUGAAAAGUUUGACAACAGAUGGUUUUUGUGGUCUUACCGGGAUUUUUUUUUGUUGUUAUUUCAUGAAUCCCCAGAGUAAAUAAAUAAAAUGGAACUUUCUACUCUGAUUAAAAAAUUAGGUCACCAGCUGGUGGAAAUUAGAGAGCGAGCUCUUAGGAAUAUAAUGUGUAAGCUGGACCAUGGCUUGAUUUCAGUACCUGACCUUGUACAAGAAAAAAAGCUGUUUGUUUGUCUGCUUGAGUGGUUUAAUUUUCCAGAAGUACCAAUGCAAGGAGAAGUACUGGAGUUACUUUGUCGUUUAGUGAAACAUCCGUCUGCAGCACACCUAUUAGGGGAGGUAGGAGCAGUAGAGUUUCUCACUCAGCUGCGUUCUAUUGUUGAGCCUAAGCGGCAAGCUACCAUUGAUGGAAUCUUGGAUGGGUUGUUUCAGCUUCCAGAAAUCCCUCCUGAUUUUCCAGCAAUCUCUUUCCAUGGAAAGUCAGCAGUAUUAACAGAACAAAAAGCAAUGCCACCUAUCCAAGCUGAAGAUGAAACACCCUUGGUUGGAUACUUCCAAAACAUAACCACAAGACCAUCAGAAAUUCCUCCUCAGAGAAUAGCAGUGAGUGAUUCAGUGAAGUGUUUGAAGUUCUCUACUUUUCCUUGGCUUGCUUUGAUGACAACAGACAGACACAUUCUUUCAUCAAGUGAAAGUUCCCUGAGGAGUAAUAAUCACAGUUUAGUUCGCAGAACCUGCAAGCUCCUCCAGGAUGUCAUCAUGCAGGAUUUCCCUGCAGAGAUUUUUCUCCAGCGACCAAAGAUUGUUCAGAAUCUUCUGUCUCUACUUAAGCUAAAUACUGACAGGGACAGUGCUAGUUAUUUGACAUUGCAAGCUGUUUCCUGCCUGCGCCAACUGUGUACAAACCUCAGGAGCAGGCUCAGCUUUCACAGAGACCCUAGUUUCUUCUCUGCCAAGCAAGAUGUAGUUUCCCAGAAUUCAUCGGUGUCCUACUCACAGGAAACAAGAGGAACCCAGCAGUCUCCUGAAAAUAGCAGCCCGAGACCAUCUGUGAUUGGACGAACCGGGCAGCGUGCCAGGGGGGAUGGUCAGGAUGGGGAUGCUGCAUCUUCCAGUGGAAGCAGUUCUCAGGGAGCCAACUCUAGGCUGCCUACCCAAUCUCCUUUAGACACAGCCCACCUUGACUUACCGGAGAUGGAAAAUGAGGAUAUUUUAGAACUGCAGUUCCAGCAGCUUGGUCUAGCCCAGUUCUGUGUUGCAGUGCUAGAACAUGCCUUACCACUUUUCAGAACAGAAAGCAUGAAGGUUUUCUUGUGUGUUCUUGAACUUCUGUCUGAGAAUAUACUGCUCCUUAAAGACAGCAUAUCUGAAGAGGUCUGGGUUGAUGACAGCAUAAUUGGAUGGGAACUAAAAGAUAAAUUAUUGUCAUCUUUGGAUUCUUUGGGAGACACCUUAUUUUACCACCUUAGCAACAGCUCCUCUGAUCAGUCAGAGCCCAUACUAGUAAACCACCGACUGGCAUAUACCGGUACUGCCGUUUUUACUGUCCGACUGCUGCAGACACUCGUACCUGUGGAAAAGGCCAGUGAAGUUUUGCCUGAGAGUACGGGGGCUGCCCUAUUUCACUUAAGUUUAGAUUUGCCCUUCAGCAUGGCUUUUCAAAGCAUCCAUGAGUCUGCUGCUGCUUACUUGGAACAACUCAAUUCAGAAAAUUACAGUGUUUACAAGUGCGCAACUCGGACUGUCCAUUCAAUAGAAUGUACUUGCUCCUUUUUAAAGGAGGUAAAAAUGGAGGGCAAAAAGAAUCUUCUGGAGCUGUUGGAGCUGGCAGACCAGGCAGUAGGCAGCCUUUCAUACCAUCAACAUUUACCACUCGUCAAGGAAAUCACUGGCCUCUGUUCACACAUCUGGAAGUCUGCACAGGCCAGUCCAAUACUGCAAGCUGAGAGCCAGAAGUGCUUUCUCAAAUUGCUGUCCCACCCUCUCCUGGCUGUUAAGGUGGAAACAUAUGCCUGCUCUCUUAAUAUUGUAAAGGAGUGUUUGGGAAUCCAUAACGUUACUAAGCCAGUUUCAUCGAUCUGUCAUGGGGUUCAUUUUCUUCUGCAUGCUCGAGUUUUAUAUGAAAUCUGCACAUUUGGCCUUCAAGACCCCGAAGAGCAGGUAUGUUCUGCAGCCAAGGACAUUCUCAUUUACCUGCUGCAGGGACAGUUGAUGAUGACAGCUCUGACUUGGAACACAUUCAUUGAAGCUGUGUACCACGUUGUCCCCAUAUUGCAAGGUUAUGCUGGUACUGAAGGAACACUGGGAACCUGUAUCCUGCAAAUAAGUGAAACGGCUAAUGAAACAGGAGAGGGGAUUCUUCCUAGAACUGCCAGGCUUCGGGCUGCUCUUAGACUUCUUUUCAGCAAACAACAAAUGGUACGGGCUGUAGCUGUAAAGCACUUAAUGUGGCACUUGGCAAAUGAGGAAGGAGCCAGCACUAAACACCCUGUGUUGGAGGGAGGUGUUCUCUCCACUCUCUCGGCCUUGUUUGUCGUAGACAAGCCAAUUGACAUGAAAUUGGACGACAUAGAGAAGUCAUAUUUCAAGGUGGAAUCUGUCACCAAAAUUUAUGCUGUCCUCACUUCAGAGACUGUUGACAUUGUACUCAGGAAAUCUGCAGCAGAGCAGCUGGCUGUUAUAAUGCAAGAUACAACGAUGCAUGCUGCAUUAAAGAGCCUUGGCGUCAUAGAACAACUAUUUUCAUUUAUAAGUGAAUGUGUAACCAACAAUGGAAAGAGUAAGGACUGCCUUUUGUUGCCAUGUCUUUCUCUGCUCCGGAAGCUUGUGUAUGCAGACCCACUGCUCCGACACUCCCUGGCUCAGCAGCCAUCUCUUCUGCUCGUACUACUCAGAGCUUCAUUGAUCGUAAAGGAAAAUAAAGGCAAUACCACCGAAGCUGCAGCAUUGAUUUGCCUCCUAUUGUUUGAUGAAGUCGCCCGAAUGGACAUAUGGAUAGAUAAUCCACCCGGCUGUGUGGUUCCCCCCUCUCCAUUCAGUAUACCUGUUACUGUUGUUCGAAGAUACAACCUCCCAUUCCACGUUAUGACCCAUCAUUUGGUAAGUCCUUACUGCACAGUGCUUCCACCUUCUUCUGAUCCUUUGACUGUAAAACCUGCCUGGGACAUGCUGAAGUGUGCCUGGAAUCGUGCGUGGUACAAUGGGAUUGAUCUCCUCCUGGAACAAAUGAUGAGCCACGAAAUGGAAACUGAAGAAUUCUUGGAUCGUUUGAAGUUGUCCCCUGUUGAAAGUUUGAUGUUAAAAGUAACACAUGUUACUAGUGGACUGCAGGACUGUUUAGACACUAUAAACAGUGCAGUUGCCCAUGGCACUGUGAGCUCAGUGCUAACAAGGAUGCGUUUCUACCUUCUCAGUGACAAGCUGGCUCUAAAGCAGGGGUCAGACAGCAGUAAGAGCAUGCUUAAAACUCUAGAGUGGCGCGCUGCUUUAAGCAGGUUCUUGCAAGUGCUUCCAGCAUGCACUGAUGAUGAGAAACUACUAGUGGAUGUUGUAGUUUUUCUUAACCAGUUCUUUAAACACCAGAGUGAAACUGACAGUGAAGAUCUUCAGUGGAUUCUUGAGGUGGUUCUUAAACAGCCGUUGCUGAAUGUUUUAGUGCGCACAGAGUCCCAGGUCCAAAGUGAAGCUGAGGAAAUACAGACUGUCAUCAACCAGAGACUCCAAAAGGAGUUGACAGGAUUUUUCAACACAGUACUUCACUUACUCACAUCAGUUACUGACAGAAAAUGUUUGAUAUUGGCUGGUCCUUUUAGGACUCAUUUGGCUGCCAAACUCCUUCAGUGUCUUCGGGUGUCAGAUGCCCCCCACUUCUAUGGGCUUCCCUCCCUGGAGAGAACCUUGCAGGGAAUGGUCCAUGUCACAGUCCUCCCUGGAUGGAGUUUACAUUCCCCCACACAAGAGCCAGAUUCAUUGUGUGCAAAGUACUUAACUGGACUCCUUGAGGUUAUUUCUUCAUUUUAUGUGGAAUGGGGAGGGAACGCCAUGUCUUUUAUGGGCAAAGGGGUCACAAAGAGUGCUGUUCACUGCUUGCUCCAGUUGUCUCAUGAAAUGAUUGCACAAGCAAAGGCUGAGGACUGGAUAUCUUCUUGGUCUUUGGCUUAUGACCAAAACACUGAUGAACAGGCAGCCACUCGAUUAGGGCUGGCUUGGCUCAUUCCACUCUGGUUUGACAGGGACCCUGAGGUACGAUUUGCAAGCCUAGGAAUUGGAUCGGCUCUCACGUCAGUGGAAAGUGGGUGCAUUGCACUCGCAGCAAGCUGCCAGAACAUUUCUGGAGGAUUAUGGGGAACUGUGCUGAAUAUCCUACUUGACCAAUUAGAAUGCAGUAUGGUCCGUAGAGAGGCUGCAUUUAUUCUACAAAACCUUCUGGUGAUACCAAUGCCUGCUAAUAUUGAGGAAGCUAAAGAUUUUGCCUGGCAAAGCCCCUGCGUUCAUGACGAAGAUUCUGGCCUAUCACUGGUGGGGCUGCCUGCUCUCCAGGCUCUUCUCUAUCACUGCCAGUUUUUUGAACAUGCAAGUCAAAUUGUGAAGACAUGUUUCCUAGGCAGGCACUCCUUUGAUUUGAAUUAUCCCAGAGCUAGCAACACUCUGACAGCAAAUAUCACUGAAGAUUUUGAUGAUACAAUGAAGCAUUGGAGAGGUCCAUCUAGCCUGCCUGAUCAUAGUCAGAUAUCAAGUUCUCUUUCCACAUCAAGUACUCUGGUCCUGCCAGAAGACAGAGCUGAAAGGCAGAUAUCUGCGUUCUCAGUGUCCAUGGUACAUGCUCCAGAUACCCCAACUAACAGACUGAUGGCACAAGGUCAGAGUGACACAGACACAUCCUCUUUGAGUACAGAGGACUCCAGGAUGGCAGGCAUGCCUCAAGACCAUUGUGUUAUAGUUACACCUCCACUUCUAUCAGCGAUCUGUGGGCUGCUGACUAAUCUGUUGGCUGUUUUACCAGAAUUCACAUUGAGCGCUAUUAAUCAAUACCACAUUCUCUCCUCUUUAACCAGUUUGGUUGAUGCCAGCUUAUUAGAAAGAUGUUUCUGGGAGCUCAGGUCUUCAUCCUCUACUCCGGAUUACAGAGAAGAUAUUAAAGCUCAGGUUUUGAGCCUUCUCCAGUAUAUAUCCUGCUUUUCUGGGCUGCUCCAAUCUUGCUUGAUCAUAAAUCAUGACAUUAUAAAUCAGGAGGAUGUACUGAAGCCGCUACUGACAAAUGUGUUUGCCAUUCUUUCACCACAUCUCAAGGAUCAUUUUGAUGCUGAAGUAAAAUCCACACUGUACCAUACUUGGACAGACUUGUUCAUGCUUAUGGCUACUCUGUUGAGGAAGAACAGUCAGAUCACAUUCCCUUAUGUUUCUACAGCUUUAAGAAAGCACUGGACUUCAUUUACAGGUACAAUUUCCGCAUGUGUACAGCUUUCUACAACAGACUCCUUCCUUUACACUUCUGCUCUACAGUUUCUGUCAGUUGUUUUGUCUGAAGAGGCAAAAAGACAGAUCCAGGAUUCUACACAGCUGAGCUCAGUCCAUAACAGCGUUUUGACUGAACUUCUAAAUGAGUCAUCAGGAAGCCAGCUCUGUGAAUUGAUAUUACAGAGCUUUGAAGGAAAAUCAUCAGAAGAUGUUUUGAAGAAAAUAGCAGCAUGUACCCUUAUGUCAUUGCUUGCUGUCAGUUCAAGUGCACGGAUGCAUGCUUUACACGCUGGCCUUGUUGACAGCUGUGUAGAACAGAUGAAACAGAGCCAUGCACAACUUAACCUGGAUUCUCUGAAGCCUGGAAAAGCUGCACAAAGGAAAAAGGAGGAGAGUGUUACAAGAGAAUUAAAGAUGGCAAUGCAGAUCUUGAGAAACUGUCUUUACCGUAGUGAUGAAUGCAAAGUUGCUGCCACAGACACACGUCUGGUGAAUGUAGUUCAUGCACUGUGGUCGUGGUUUCUAACCGAUGAUGUAUUGAUGCAAGCAGCUUUACAGUUGCUCUGUGUUUAUACUGCUAAUUGUCCCACAGCCUGUGGCUCACUUUGCUGGGGCAAUGGAGUACAGAGUGCUUCUCAAAGAGGCCCAGCAAGCAACUCUCUGGUGCACAGCAUUAUGAAGUUGGCUUCACAGAAGGCUCCUGAGAACAGCAGUAUCCAGCAAUUGUCCUUUGCUCUGCUUUCCAAUCUUGCCAUAUCUCAUGACUGCAAAGGGGCAAUGCAGAAGAGCAACUUCCUGCAAAACUUUGUAACUUUGUCAUUGUCGAAGUCUGGGUCUAAAACCAUCAACCCCCUGGUCAACCUGUGGCUGAAGCUUUUACUGAACAUGUCCUUUGGCGAGGAUGGUCAGCAGAUGAUAUUGAAAAUCCACGGCGUUUUGGAUCUUCUCACUGAGAUGUUGCAGUACAAAUCCCGGAGCAGCAAGCCUGUCACCCUUCUCAUUCUACACAAUAUCUGUUUCAGUGCUGCCAACAAACCAAAACUUCUGGCUCAUGAUAAAACUGUGGAAGUGCUGUCUGCAUGUUUAGAAAGUAACUUUCCAGACGUACAAGCAAUAGGAGCCUCUGCUCUUUGGGCUUUACUCCAUAAUUUUCAAAAGGCAAAAGUUACUUUGAAGAGCCCCACCAUCAAAAGGAGAGUUGACGAGGCAUUGACCUUGGCUAAAAAAGAUUCAACAAGAACUGACGAGGACCCUAUGAUUUCCUAUAAGCUAAAGUGCCUUGAAAACCUGACCCAGAUUCUAAAUAGUUAAAGACAUUUAGAGUAAAUUAGUAGAUACUUGUUUGUAAAUGGCUUGUACAUUAUUAAAUUCCGUUUUUAAUAAGACAUUUUUCAUCAGUAUAUUCCUCUUGUACUGAGAGACAUGACUAUCUCUUGCGAGCCUGGGAAAUAUUUUGCAAUAGACUGGGUAAGUUGAUUGUGUGCAAAAAUUCAAACGCAAUGUAAAAAAAAAAAAAAAAAAUCCCACAAAAUAAUGCAUUUCAAGCAUCAUCAUGAUGGAAUGUGUAUGUUUAUUAAAUAUGUGUGUCAGUAAUUAAGGCUACGAUUUUGUCACAGAGUAAACGGAAAUCGUGAGUUUGAAUAAAGUCUGUGAAAUCAUUAAAAUGGAUGUAAAAACA